CAGUCUGUCAGCUGCUCUCGUAGUGUUCGCAUCAGCUUCUUUAGUCCAUCUCACUCACCUCAGGAGACACAAGAACACGACUUAUUCAGUCAGUUGGAAUAAGUGGUGCAGUAAAAAAUCAGGACUUUAAAUACGGAAGACAUAUAUAUUCGUAAUAAUAUAUAUUUUCGUAAGAAUAUACACAUUCGAAAGUAUUUACAUGUGUAAGCGUUGUUAACCAGGGGAUAAGUUAGUAUAACGAUGAUUGAACCACAACAGCCACUGCUUCCAACAGUGUCAAGCUAGUUCCAGUACUGCUCGCUAUGAUGGCUGACCACAUUGACCAGCUGUACCAAGGGGAUAACCUUGUUCAUGUUGGCUACAAGAACAUCACAAGGGUGUCCUUCCAGCUGCCCAAAAUGAGGUGUGAUGACCAACUAGAUGUGAUUAAGAAUGGAGAAAGAUUAAAUGUUGACGCAGUUCGAACAGAAAAGGCCCAGUGUGAUUCUUCCAAAUUAAACACCGUGAUGAGUGUGUCGGACAGGCCUGUGGCUAAACCAGAUGUCUUGUUGACUGAAAGUGACAGACGUGAACUUCCUGAUCUUAUUUUGCCCACCGCACCAAUCUACAGCUUCGAUGAGGAUGGGGAAAUUUUGCAGCGUGUGAAUACAAUCACCCCCAGCAACAGUGAAGAUUGUGGCUACCACAGUGAACCUUCUGAGGCUCUGUACGACGAUACACUUCCGUGCAACAUCAGUGACCACGUAUCACCACCUCUCACGUCUACACCUAACAAAGACCUUCGACUUGAUGUUGACUCGUGGCCUCGCAUAGACCAGUCUUACGUCGUCAGAGAGGCUAGUGAGACCUCAGUCACAUUGCCAUCCUUGCACCCGCUUAUAUCAGAGGAAGAACUGCAGUCCCUCCCGAAUAUCGACGACACACCUAGCGAGAGCUUUCACCUGAACCAGCCAGGCAGUGUGCCUCAGGACGACACCGAGGUUAACAUCAAGUCAAUACCUAAUAUCACCAUCUUCAGCGAAGCUGGGAGGAUUGAUACCACUGAAGCAAUUCCCAAGAUUGACUUCCACGCUGCAUCCAUUGAGAUGGUGGACGACUACCUCGAAGACAACUUCGAUGAGCACCAGCUUAGUGACCUGUGCUCCACCGUCCUCGGAGAAACAGGUUAGUGCCUCUGUCUCACAGUUAGUGUUCUGUUUAUGUCAUGUUAACACUUGUAGAUUUCCUUAGUCCCUUUCCCUCAUCUCCCCGUUAUACGUUCUUAGCUUACAUCAGGUCAGUAAUAGUGGUA